AUGUCUCAAAAUUUAAAUAAUGCUAAACGUCGUAACCGUAAAAAACAUAAUAAAAAUGAAAAUUCAAAGUCUUCUGAUGAUCAUGCAAGCGUGGACGGCUUUGAUUCAACUAGUUCAACUCAAACAUCUUGUUCCAGUAGUGGCAGUAUCUCCUCCCAUUCAAAGACAGAAAGUGAAUUUAGAAAAAAAAAAAACAUAUCUUCACCAGAAAUGGUUGAAGAGUUUGUUAGCGAUACAUUUUUUUUAAAACACGAAGAGAAAAGGCCUUUUCUUACGAAGAAACGUGUUGUUUUUACUGCAGGGAUAAUGUUUGGUCUUUUGAUAGCCUCGUUCUUUGCCCCACAAGCUAAAGACUUGCAAUUAUUAUCGGAUUUUAUAGCUAUGUCUUUUCUAGAUUUGGAUUUUACCAAAAUGUUACCAGCCAAUGUUAUAGUGGAGGAAUUAUUAGGAAAUAUCACCAUGUAUUUAAGACCUAAUAUAUCAAUACUAGCUGAUACUGAAUUCUUACCUGGUUUAGAUUUGGCUAAAAUUGAAGGUAUAAGCGCUUAUCAUCCUGUUACAUUAAUACCUGGUAUCGUUUCAACUGGGUUGGAAAGUUGGAGUACAUCAAAUUGUUCUAGACCAUAUUUUAGAAAGCGAAUGUGGGGUACUACAACAAUGUUUCGAGCAAUUCUUAUGGAUAAAGAAUGCUGGAGACAUCAUAUGAGACUUGAUCCAAUUACUGGAUUAGAUCCACCUGGAGUUAAAUUACGGGCUGCUCAAGGUUUGGAUGCUGCUGAUUAUUUAUUUCCUGGCUAUUGGGUUUGGGGUAAAAUGAUUCAAAAUCUUGCCGCAAUUGGAUAUGAUAAUAAUAAUAUGCACCUUGCUGCUUAUGAUUGGAGAUUAUCAUUUUACAAUCUUGAAAUCCGUGAUAAAUAUUUUUCCAAGCUUAAGGCUAAUCUUGAACUUGCAAAGAAAAGCGAAGGAAGGAAAUCUGUAGUUGUUGGACAUUCAAUGGGAUCAUUGAUUGCUUUAUAUUUCUUUAAAUGGGUUGAAUCACCUUCCGGUGGUAAUGGUGGUCCAAAUUGGGUUAAUGAUAACAUCGAAGCAUUUGUUAAUAUCGCUGGACCUUUAUUAGGGUUACCUAAAGCUUUAUCUGCAUUACUUUCAGGUGAAAUGCGUGACACAGUUGAAUUAGGUGCCUUUGGAAUUUAUUUAUUAGAAAAAUUUUUUUCUAAACGUGAACGUGCAGAUUUAUUUAGAACAUGGGGUGGACUUUCCUCAAUGCUACCAAAGGGUGGUGAGGCAAUUUGGGGAGUUAAAUUCUUACAUAAGUAUACAAAUCCAAUAUUCAAUAAUAUGUUGGCAAGAAAUUAUAGUUAUGGAAUUUCAACAAAAAAGGAGGAACUUGAGCAGAAGGAUGACGACAAGGAUGAUGAUAAGGUGUUGAAACAUGCGAAAUGGACUAAUCCUUUAGAAUCUCAAUUACCAAAUGCACCAGAUAUGAAGAUUUAUUGUUUAUAUGGGUGGGGCAAAGAAACAGAACGAAGAUAUUAUUAUUCACACAAUGGAGGACUUGAUUUUAAUGAGGAGGAUGGAAAUAAAUUGAAUUUGAAAGAAGAGAUUAAUGAAUUUUUUAAGAAUAUUUUCAUAGAUAGCACAAUGAAUUCUGAACGUGAUCCUCAUCUAAAGAGCGGAUGGAAAAAUCCAUUAUACAAUCCAGCUAAUAUAAAGGUCAUAACAAGGGAAUUUCAACAUGAAACCACAAGUUUUGAUUUACGUGGUGGAGCAAAAACAGCAGACCAUGUUGAUAUCAUGGGAAAUUAUGCACUCACGGAGGAUGUUUUACGUGUUGCAUCUGGUGACAAACUUGAGGAUAGAAUAUUUUCUAGAAUUUUAGAAUAUUCUGAAAAAGUUCAAAUUUAG